CCAGCUUUGCCGUCGUCUGGCAGAAAACCAUCCCCUACGCCCAGGAAAAAGCAGCUAUCCAUGUUCCCGAGCAACGUGGACAGAGAAGACCCGGGCCGGGACAGCCAGGCCUACGCCGGCGAGGCCUACGACGGCGAGGCCUACGACGGCGAGCUGUCCGUCCACCGAGCGCAGGGCAAACGUGAUCGGGAGGCCUCGGACAAACCCGAGACGGAAUCUCCGGCGAUCGCAGAAUGGGGAGUCGGGGCCAAAACUCGAAAGGCCGUGGCGGCGGAUCUUCCUUUCGAGGUGACGAGAAGUGACCGAAGCGGCCCCAGCCCGCCCGCUCGGCGCAGGUCCUUCUCCGGCACAGACUCGGUCCGUCCGGAAGGAAGUAGGGGCUCUUUCAGGAGGCUGCUGGAUCUCAAGCUCUCCGUCACGACCAAAGGACCCGUGGCGCCGGAGCCCGAUCGGCCGGACCGAGCCGGAGCGGUCCGGCGCUCCUCCUCCCUGGUGGGAGUGGAACAAAGCGUGGACGGGGACCAGCCGGACUACGAGAACUACUACGAAGAGAUCUCCGAAUACGAGAACGUCUACUUUGGCGGCUCCGAGAGCUCCGGCGCCACCUGGCAGAGUUACUACGACGACGACGGCAUUUAUGAGGAACCAGAGGUGUAUUUGGAUCAAAACGCCCACUUUGACAGAAUUUCUUUAGACGGAGAAGUGGACGGCAGCGUUUCCGACGACGACGACGACGUGCCUUUUUCUGACGAGGACGAGGACGAAGACGACAGCUCCUUCUCGAGUAAAGGAGACAGCGAGCAAGCGGAUCAAAGUGCGCUACAAAGUGUCUCUCGAAAGCGCAAGAUCCGUCACAUCGCCACGGAAAUUAUGACCUCGGAGGAAGUCUUUGUUGACGUCCUGAAGCUGCUUCACGUGGACUUCCGGCACGCCGUGGCCGAGGCGUCGCGGCAAAACGGCAAAGCGGUGAUCGAGGAGCGUCUGCUGGAGCGGAUCCUCUACUACCUGCCGCAACUCUACCAACUCAACCGGGACCUGCUGCGAGAGCUGCAGGAUCGACUGGCCCGAUGGGACCAGACGGAGCAGGUGGCCGACAUCUUCCUGAAGAAAGGUCCCUACCUGAAGAUGUACUCCACGUACAUCCGCGAGUUUGACAAGAAUGCGGCGCUACUGGAAGAGCAGAGCAAGAAGAACGCGCCCUUCGCUGCUGUCGUGCGACAAUUUGAGGCCAGUCCUCGUUGCGCCAACUUGGCUCUGAAGCACUACCUCCUGAAGCCCAUCCAAAGGAUUCCUCAGUACCAGCUCCUGCUCCGAGACUAUUUGAAAAACCUGCCCAAAGACUCGGCCGAUUACAAAGACACGGAAGAUGCUCUGGCAAUCGUUCGCGAGGUGGCCAAUCACGCCAAUGACAUCAUGAAGCAAGGGGACAACUUCCAGAAGCUGAUUCAGGUGCAGUGCAGCCUAAACGGCCACCGUGAGAUCGUCCAGCCCGGGAGGAUCUUCCUGAAGGAGGGCGUCCUCAACAAGCUGUCCAGGAAGCUCAUGCAGCCCAGAAUGUUCUUCUUGUUUAACGACAGCCUGCUGUACACCACGCCCCUUCAGUCGGGCCAGUUCAAGUUCAACAACAUGCUGUCUCUGGCGGGGAUGAAGGUGAGCAGACCGAGCCAGGAGGCCUGCCAGAACGAGUUCAUCGUGGAGAGCGUGGAGCGCUCCUUCAUCCUCUCUGCGAGUUCGGCAUCAGAGAGAGACGAGUGGCUCCGGGCCAUUUCCGCAGCCAUCGACGAUUACACCAAGAAGAAAAUCACUUUCAUAUCCGGACAGUCCUGUGACGAGGUCCGAGCAAGCAACGCCACCGCCGCCUCCUCCUCUCUGGGCGCCAAAGCUCCCAUCUGGAUCCCCGACCCGCGCGCCACCAUGUGCAUGAUCUGCACCUGCGAAUUCACGCUGACGUGGAGGCGCCACCACUGCCGAGCCUGCGGCAAGGUGGUGUGCCAGUCGUGUUCCUCCAACAAGCAGAGCCUGGAGUACCUGAAGAACCAGUUGGCCAGAGUGUGCGACCACUGCUACCUGGCGCUGCGGGAGCAGCAAAGCCAAGAAGAUCUCGCCGAGGUGGCCGUUCCCAAAGCCUCCUUUGCUUUGUCUCGCAAAUUCAAGCGGAUACCGGCGGCCCUCAAAGAGGUGACGGCCAGCGCUGACAACUCCUCCAUGAGCGGCUACUUGCUGAGGUCCAAGGGCAAGAAGAAGCAAGGCAAGCGCUUGUGGUUCGUCAUCAAGGACAAGGUUCUGUACACCUACGCCGCCAGCGAGGACGUGGCCGCCUUGGAGAGUCAACCGCUUUUGGGCUUCGUCUUGAAAGUGGACUCGGCCCAAAGGUCCAACUUCAAGCUGUACCACAAAAACACCCUCUACCACAAUUUCAAAGCGGACGACGUCCAAACGGCUCAGAGGUGGAUCAACACGUUCCGGGAAUCGGCAAUACUUUAGUCUCUGGAGAGCGACUGCGCCAUGUUGACCUUUCAUCUCCGGCCCGCCAGGUUUUACCUCAGUGCUCCCACUUUUCCAUCUGUUCUUCUUUUCAAAUAGAAUGGAAUGAUAGGAAUGCCAGUUUACUUUUUUUGUCAGCAUCUCUCUUUUCAUACAGAGUGCGUGCGUGCGUGCGUGCGUGCGUGCGUGCGUGCGUGCGAGCGUGCGCUAUUUGCCGUCUUUCUCAUUGUGCCAUUUUUUUACAAUAAUAUUUCUUUCAUGUCGUUUGUGGCUUACGUCUGCUUUGGUUGUAUUCACACAACACCUCGUUAUUCGCUGUAGCACACAAUUUUUGUCCCUAAAUUAUUUUUUGUAAUAGAUGUGACCCUCCGGCCGCCACCCCCGUUUCUAUCAGUCACGACGGUACUUGACUCAUUCCAGUGGCUCGCCACCCGUGUUGUGUCAAUGGAUUCUCUGUGGGGAUCAAUAAUAGCCUCAAAUGAGGUGAAGAGCACAUCUUGUUAGUGGAAUAAACGCCUCAUGUUUUAGCAUGCCAUCUGUCAUCACCAAUGUUUAAAAAUGUGCACAUUUCCAUAACAAAUGUGAAUUACACGAACGCUAGCCAGUCACGGGUCAAAGGAUCACAUUUGCACGUGGGAACGGUUUACUUCGGCUUCAAAGUCAUUGCCAAACACAAGACAAACUUUGCUCAAUAGUGCACUUGUGGUUUUAUUUUUUUUGUGACUGUUGCGUGUUGUGCGGGGAUGUCCGAAGUUGAGGCAGGAAAAACAGAGACGUGGAAUCCCUGAAAUUGCACAUGGUUGUAGAAAUUAAGAUGCAGAUUUUUUUUUUUUUUUUUAGAUACUCAAUGAUAUAAUAAAAAAGUGUUUGUAUUUCCA